AUGCAGAUCUUCGUGAAGACCCUGACGGGCAAGACCAUCACGCUGGAGGUGGAGAGCAGCGACACCAUCGACAACGUCAAGGCUAAGAUCCAGGACAAGGAGGGCAUCCCGCCCGACCAGCAGCGGCUCAUCUUCGCCGGCAAGCAGCUCGAGGACGGCCGCACCCUCGCCGACUACAACGUGCAGAAGGAGUCCACGCUGCACCUCGUGCUCCGCCUGCGCGGCGGCACCACCAUCAAGGUCAAGACGCUCACCGGCAAGGAGAUCGAGAUCGACAUCGAGCCCACGGACACGGUGGACAGGAUCAAGGAGCGCGUCGAGGAGAAGGAGGGCAUCCCGCCCGUGCAGCAGAGGCUCAUCUUCGGCGGCAAGCAGAUGGCCGAUGACAAGACGGCAAAGGACUACAAUAUUAGGGGCGGCGAUGUGCUCCAUCUCGUACUUGCCCUUAGGGGCGGAAUGCAGAUCUUCGUGAAGACCCUGACGGGCAAGACCAUCACGCUAGAUGUCGAGAGCAGAGACACUGUCAACAACGUCAAGGCCUGA